AUGGCCAACCCUAAGAAACAUGUCGUAUUCGACGUUGUCGGAACCUGCGUAUCAUUUGAUGCCUACUACGAAAGGAUAGACAAGGUCAUGGGCGCGAAGCUUCGCAAGCACACCGUCACGGCACAGCACUUUGGCUUUACGUGGCAGACUGCAGCCGAACUGGAGUUCACAUUCCUAUCGAUUGCUGGAAGCUACAAGCCCUACCAAGAUGUCCUGCGUGGCCUUUUCUAUCGCACUCUCAUGCUAUGCGGUGUUUUGGGGCCGCGGAAACUCGCCACCGAUGACGAUCGCGAACAGUGCAUCGAAGGAUAUUCCAACUUGCAGCUGCGUCCAGGCUGCCGGGAAUGCUUCCAGUUGCUUCGCGACAAUGGCUUCACGGUCUGGUGCUUCACUACUGGCGAUAUCAAGCGUGUCAGAGGCUACUUCGAAAGUGCUGGUGUCGACAUGCCGCUGGACAAUUUCAUCACCUGUGACAGUGCAGGGGUGGCAAAGCCCGCUCUUCCGGCAUAUGAGGCUGUCUGGAAGAAGCUUGGUGCGAACGAUGUGAAGUGGUUUGCGGCAGCUCACAUGUGGGAUGUGGCUGCGGCAACGAAGGUCGGCUUCCGCGGAGCCUGGACCGCAGUGUACGAGAAGGAGGCUUUGACGCGAAGUUAG